AAGUAUUAAGUUCUUCUCUUUUUAAGAGACAGAGAAAGAAAGAGCUAUUAUCCACAAAAACAAAACAGAGUUCAAGAUGUGGAACUUUGCUCUCAAGCUGUUGUUUCUCAUCUUUAUAAUCAACACCACCACUACUACUCUAGUUAGUGCUACUGACCACAUUGUUGGUGCAAACAAAGGUUGGAAUCCAGGAAUCAACUACACCAUUUGGGCUAAUAACCAUACUUUCUAUGUUGGUGAUCUCAUUUCUUUCAGGUACAUGAAAAAUCAGUACAAUGUAUUUGAAGUGAACCAAACCGGUUAUGAUAACUGUACUAUAGAAGGAGCAACAGGAAAUUGGAGCAAAGGAAAAGAUUUCAUUCUUUUAGAUAAAGCUCAACGUUAUUACUUCAUUUGUGGAACUGGUGGUUGUUUUAACGGAAUGAAAGUUACUGUUCUUGUUCAUCCACUCCCUUCUCCUCCUUCUUCUAACAAUCAUAGUUCUUCUGCCGAUCAGAAAUCUGCUGCUGCUACUUAUCAGAUACUUUCUUGGUCUUCUUCUUUAAUGGUGUUGGUUUCUGUUGUUCUUUCGAUCUGGUUCUAAUUUGUACUGGUUCUUUUCUCCUCCUUUUCUAUGAUUUUUGUAUGGUUCAUCUUGUCUUUGAGUAAAGCUGUUGUUGCACCUAAUGCUGGUGUAGUGAAUCUAGUGAUGAUGCAUUAUGUACUAUUUUUAGUUCAAAUUUGGUUUUGGAGAUUAUUAUUAGAUUUUUUGUAUUCUUUUUUAUAAUUGAACUGUAUUAAAUUUUCCAGCUUUGUAAUAAUAAUAGUAUCACGGAAUCACAA